UAUGUGCAGAUUUCUUGAGAAAGAAGCAGAGCUAUUGGUUCUCUUUUUAAAGGCAGAUUGAGAGAGAGAGAAAGAAGAUUUAUUUUAGCAGAGGGGACUGAGAGAGCGAAGCUAUUCAACAAGCUUUCACCCAGGAAGAAACAGUGAACGAUCGAAGCUUUCAGUUGGUCCGAUCUGCAUCUGGUCUAAUUCAAAAUGUCUCGGAGAUAUGACAGUCGUACAACAAUCUUCUCUCCUGAAGGUCGUCUCUUCCAAGUUGAAUAUGCAAUGGAGGCUAUUGGAAAUGCAGGUGCCGCAAUUGGGAUAUUAUCAAAAGAUGGGGUUGUCUUGGUUGGUGAAAAGAAGGUUACUUCCAAACUCCUGCAAACCUCAGCUUCCACUGAGAAGAUGUACAAGAUUGAUGAUCAUGUUGCAUGUGCUGUGGCUGGAAUAAUGUCUGAUGCCAACAUCCUAAUUAACACUGCUAGGGUCCAAGCCCAACGCUACACUUUUGCUUACCAAGAGCCCAUGCCUGUUGAGCAGCUAGUUCAAUCUCUCUGUGAUACAAAGCAAGGGUACACACAAUUUGGUGGCCUCCGGCCUUUUGGCGUUUCAUUUCUUUUUGCAGGAUGGGACAAAAAUUUUGGGUUUCAGCUUUAUAUGAGUGACCCAAGUGGAAACUAUGGAGGUUGGAAAGCCGCAGCAAUUGGUGCAAACAACCAGGCUGCACAAUCAAUGCUUAAACAGGAUUAUAAGGAUGAUAUGACAAGGGAAGAGGGGGUCCAGCUUGCACUGAAGGUGCUCAGUAAAACAAUGGACAGCACAAGCCUAACUUCAGAUAAGCUUGAAUUAGCUGAGGUUUUCCUCUCUCCUACUGGCAAUGUGAAGUAUCAAGUUUGCUCACCCGAGACUCUGAACAAGCUGUUGGUGAAGUUUGGGGUGACCCAACCAGCCGCUGAGGCUUCUUAAAUUAUGUUAAUCUAUACUGUUUCAUUAAAGUACGUUUUCUCAGGAUGUUUUGUUGUAUUUUCAUAAUUCCUCUUUUGUAUUGGAUUGCAACCAAUGUGUUUGAUCUUUCCAUCUAAUUCCUCUCAGAUGUUCCUAGUAUUUAAUCGGGCAUGUAGCAUAAAACCUAAUUUCUCACAUUCCUGGUAUAACUUCUUUUAUUUGGAAAUUUGAUCUACUUCUUUUUGGUUA